AUGAGUGCAUGCAAAUGGAGUAGAGAAGAAGCAAAUGAACUGAUAUCAACUAUCAACCAAAUAAAAAGGGAAAACCCAGAAAGAAUAUUUAAUCAUACUCAACUUGCAGCAGAGGCCAAAAAGGUAGGAAACUUUGAUAAAUUUACAGAGAGUCAAAUAUACAAUAAAAUAAAAAGACAUCAUAGAACCAUUCAAGAAAGAAAUGACAGACACACUCGACGACUCAUCUUUUCUGGACCAAAAAAAAAGAGUUCCUCGGCCACCAAACAGACCCAACAAUUUAUAAAUCUCGCAAGUAGAACAACAUCCAAUAAGUCAUCAUCAACAACCAUAGAUAUCAAAUCUAUUACUCGCUCGGCUUCUCGUAAUCGUAUUGCCAAUACAAGUACACCUCAAAAGUUAUCAUCAACUCAAUAUUUGAAUCCAAAUGGUACAUUUUCUGGAACUGAAUCAACUACUACUAGUACACCAUCUACUAUUCCAAUUGUAAUCAAAACACCACCUUCACCACCAUUGCCAUCAAAUCAGACUGAUACAGAUGUUAAUAUGACUGUAUCUAAUAACAAUAAUAGUAAAAAUAAUAGUAAUGAAACUUUGACCAUUUAUCUUCCACUUUGUAAAGGAGAGAAGUUCAAACAUACCAUCACACCAAGUGGUGAUAUCAUAGUCCAAGUGUUUAGAUCUGAUGAUAGUUGUGGAUUUACCAUAACCCAUAAACUACCACAUCCAAUGGCUGGAACCUAUCGAGCCUAUUUUAAAAGACCACUAGACUAUGGUAUGCCAGUUUUGGCAACAAACAAAGUAUUCAGAGAUAUGUAUCUACAAGAAAUGUGUAGAUUUACUUUUAAAAGAGAGAUUAAAGAAAUAUCUGAAGAAGUUGAAUUAUAA